GUUUAACAUCUCUGGGGCCCACCAACCAAAUGCCAUGAACACUCCCCCUACCCCAACCUCUGAGAGCAAAAAAUUUCUCAAAACAUUUUCAUUUCAUUUGAGAACAAAGUUCGAAGACAAUCCCGUGGGGUGGCACUGCCCCUCUUGAGAGUCACAGAUCCAAUUUUACAUCCUUAUACAAAAAAUGAGGACUUGUGUCCCCAGAGAUUAUGCCCAAGAAUCACAGACCAGGUCACGGCAGAGCCAGGUAAGAAGCACUUAGAGUCUGACAGAAGAGCAUUCUCCACAGGCCAGGCAUUGUCUUAAGCUCUUUUUAGACAAACACUAAUUUAAUUCUCACAUCGACACAAGGCAGGAGGCUUGAUUAUCCCCACUAUGCAGUAGAAACUGAAGCACAGAGACAUGAAGUAACGUUUCUAAGUUCCCAGAACCGUAAGUAGCAGAGCCCUGACUCAGACCACCCUCUUCAUAACCACUAUGCCACACAGUGCAAACUACGGACUGUCAUUUAGGACUGGAGGCAAGACAAAGGGGGAAAUGCAACCCUCCUGCAUUAUAAAAACACAGGUUAGAUCAGUUCUACCAGUUCAGUACACUGACCUCCAUCAAUGCCUUCAAGCCAUAGUUUGUUUCCCACUUGGUCUCAUCUUCCUUUUUCUUGUGUUUUUCCUGCAGACAUUCAUUCCCAGAAGAAGUCGGCCCUGGGGACCUCUCGACCUUUCCUAAAAGGGAGAUCCCUGGUCACUAGAUGAGUUCCAGAAGCAUCCACUAAGGCUUCUGCAGCCCUCUGCCAUCAGUUGAUCUUCACCACAACCCAUCUCGCUCAGGAUGAGUGGCUUCCUCGCCUCCCUGGACCCCCGGCGAGUGCAGUGGGGGGCUGCCUGGUACGCCAUGCACUCCAGGAUCCUGCGCACCAAACCGGUGGAGUCCAUGCUAGAGGGAACUGGGGCCACCACAGCACAUGGCACCAAGCUAGCCCAGGUGCUCACCACCGUGGACCUCAUCUCACUCGGAGUUGGCAGCUGCGUGGGCACUGGGAUGUACGUGGUAUCUGGCCUGGUGGCCAAGGAAAUGGCAGGACCCGGCGUCAUUGUGUCCUUCAUCAUUGCAGCCGUUGCAUCCAUACUGUCAGGUGUCUGCUAUGCAGAGUUUGGAGUCCGCGUCCCCAAGACCACCGGGUCGGCCUACACCUACAGCUAUGUCACCGUAGGGGAGUUUGUGGCGUUUUUCAUCGGCUGGAACCUGAUCCUGGAGUACCUGAUUGGCACCGCGGCCGGCGCCAGCGCUCUGAGCAGCAUGUUUGACUCACUGGCCAACCACACGGUCAGCCGCCGGAUGGCGGACAGCGUGGGGACCCUCAACGGCCUGGGGAAAGGAAAACAAUCAUACCCGGACCUUCUGGCUUUGGUGAUCGCAGUCAUCGUCACCAUCAUUGUCGCACUGGGGGUGAAGAAUUCUGUGGGCUUCAACAACGUACUCAAUGUGCUGAACCUGGCAGUGUGGGUGUUCAUCAUGAUUGCAGGCUGCUUCUUCAUCAAUGGGAAAUACUGGUCUGAGGGCCAGUUCUUGCCCCACGGCUGGUCAGGGGUGCUGCAAGGAGCAGCCACAUGUUUCUAUGCGUUCAUUGGCUUUGACAUCAUCGCCACCACUGGAGAGGAAGCCAAGAAUCCCAACACAUCCAUCCCUUAUGCUAUCACUGCCUCCCUGGUCAUCUGCCUGACAGCAUAUGUAUCCGUGAGCAUGAUCUUAACUCUGAUGGUGCCAUAUUAUGCGAUUGACACGGAAUCCCCGCUCAUGGAGAUGUUUGUGGCUCGUGGGUUCUAUGCUGCAAAAUUCAUAGUGGCCAUCGGGUCGGUUGCAGGACUGACAGUCAGCUUGCUGGGCUCCCUCUUCCCAAUGCCGAGGAUCAUUUAUGCCAUGGCUGGCGACGGGCUCCUUUUCAGGUUCCUGGCUCACGUGAGUUCCUACACAGAGACCCCAGUGGUGGCCUGCAUUGUGUCGGGGUUCCUGGCGGCUCUCCUCUCCCUAUUAGUCAGCCUGAGAGAUCUGAUUGAGAUGAUGUCCAUCGGCACCCUCCUCGCCUACACCUUGGUCUCUGUCUGCGUCUUGCUCCUUCGAUACCAACCAGAAAGUGACAUCGACGGGUUUGUCAAGUUUUUGUCUCAGGAGCACACAAAGAAGAAGGAGGGCAUUCUGGCUGACUGUGAGAAGGAAGUUGGCUCUCCUGUGAGUGAAGGGGAAGAGUUUUCCGGCCCAGCCACCAACACAUGUGGGGCUAAGAACUUACCAUCCUUGGGAGACAACGAGAUGCUCAUAGGGAAAUCAGACAAGUCGACCUACAACGUCAACCACCCAAACUACGGCACCGUGGACAUGACCACAGGCAUAGAAGCUGAUGAAACUGAAAACAUUUAUCUCAUCAAGUUAAAGAAGCUGAUUGGGCCCCGUUACUACACCAUGAGGAUCCGGCUGGGCCUUCCAGGCAAAAUGGACCGGCCCACAGCAGCUACAGGGCACACGGUGACCAUCUGCGUGCUUCUGCUCUUCAUCCUCAUGUUCAUCUUCUGCUCCUUCAUCAUCUUUGGUUCCGACUACAUCUCAAAGCAGAGCUGGUGGGCCAUCCUUCUGGUCAUUCUGAUGGUGCUGCUGAUCAGCAUCCUGGUGUUUGUGAUCCUGCAGCAGCCAGAGAACCCCAAGAAGCUGCCCUAUAUGGCUCCCUGUCUCCCCUUUGUGCCUGCCUUUGCCAUGCUGGUGAACAUCUAUCUCAUGCUAAAGCUCUCCACCAUCACGUGGAUCCGGUUUGCAGUCUGGUGCUUUGUGGGUAUGCUCAUUUAUUUUGGGUACGGCAUCUGGAACAGCACCCUGGAAAUCAGCGCCCGAGAAGAAGCCCUGCACCAAAGCACGUACCAGCGUUACGACGUGGACGACCCCUUCUCGGUGGAAGAAGGUUUCUCCUAUGCCACAGAGGGCGAGAGCCAGGAGAACUGGGGCGGGCCUGCCGAAGACAAAGGCUUCUAUUACCAGCAGAUGUCAGAUGCACAGGCAAACACCCAGACGAGCAGCAAGGCGAAGAGCAAAAGCAAACACAAACAGAACUCAGAGGCCCUGAUUGCCAAUGAUGAGUUAGAGUACUCUCCAGAGUAGGAGCAAACACGCAAGAAAUGUGUAGAAAUGAUGGUGAUUUAUUUUCAGUAACUUAACCUGUGGGCUAGAAGGUGGAAACGUCUUUGGCUCUCAUUGCAAAAACCCAGCCUUCCCCAAAGUCAGUCCCCAGUCAUAGCCUGUCAUUUGCCACUUCUGCUCUUCAGGAUGGUUCUGUCGAAGGGCUUAACCCAGGUCCCAUAGCUGGUCCCCUUGUAAGAAACAAAAACAAAAAAGCUAAACAAGAAGCUACAAGAAGUUCUACCUUAGGUGCAACCAUCAGAGCUGAUGGCAGCAAACGUUUCCCAGGCCUUCGCUUUGCUGGUUGAAUCUUUUCGCUUCUAAGGCCCCAAGAAGCAGGGAGUAAACUUCCUGGACCACACUGAGGCUGCAGCUCCUCCUGGAGAUGUGCCAAAGCAGGCAGGGGUGGGCACAAGGCAGCAUGUCAGCCACCUGAGACCACAAAGGCAAAGCUCUGUUUCAGCGUGCUGGGCUGAGAGCUGCUCCCUGAGGCCAGGUGGCAUGUGGCACUUCCUCAGCAAGCCACAUUGUGUCCUGCAAUCUCACAAAAACAAAUUCAUGGAGAUGCACGCCUCUUGUCCUUCGCCAAGGUUCUCACAAUCUCCCAACUAGAACUUUAGGACACAGCAAAGGUCAGGGACUCUGAGACCAUGACCCCAAAGAUUUCAGACGCACCAUAAAGCAGUCAUGCAGACCCAAUAAUAUGGUGAGAAGCACCAUCAAAGCUCUACUUAAAUGCCCAG